AUAUUUUUACAAAUGUCAUGUUGGGUAAACUAGCUUUUCUUCUUUCACUUUAUCUUGUGAAUGAAGCCUUGUAUUGUGGAAUUGCCCCAUGAAGCACAUGUACGCAGAUACGAGUUAUAAGAAUACCGGGACAUCACAUUUAAAAUGGGUUUGCUUUGAAUUCCGUCGCUGACAAAGAGCAAGACUACUUGUCCACUGUGGAAGAGUAGCUAGAUAAGUUAGCUAGCUUCUAGUUCCCGCAAUAUAGCUAGCAAGAAGCUUCUCUAAGGCAAGAUGAGUGGUAAUUCUGUAAAAAAUCCUGUGCCCGUCGACACCAAUGGCAUUACUCCAUUUCAACAGAUGUUGGCUUCCUGCUCAGGGGCUCUCCUGACGUCAUUGUUUGUCACACCUCUGGAUGUUGUCAAGAUCAGACUCCAGGCUCAGAAAAGUCCUUUUCCCAAAGGGAAAUGCUUUGUGUAUUGCAAUGGCCUGAUGGACCAUACCUGUGUGUGUACGAACGGCAACUCCAAGGCCUGGUACAAGGCCCCCGGCCACUUCAACGGCACUCUGGAUGCCUUUAUUAAGAUAGUCCGCAGGGAAGGUAUCAAGUCGUUAUGGAGCGGCCUCCCUCCAACCCUUAUCAUGGCGGUCCCGGCGACGGUGAUCUACUUCACGUGUUACGACCAACUGCGUGCUGCCCUGAGGGUCAGGAUGGGGUCACACGCUGAGGAGGCGCCUCUACUAGCAGGCGCCCUCGCCAGAGUGGGCUCUGUGACAGUGAUCAGUCCAUUGGAGCUGAUCCGUACUAAGAUGCAGUCCCAGAGAAGUUCGUACAGGGAGCUGAGUGAGGUUAUCCACUCUGCAGUACGCAACGAGGGCUGGCGGUCUCUCUGGAGGGGCUGGGGACCCACACUGCUUAGAGACGUGCCCUUCUCAGCCAUGUACUGGUAUAACUAUGAGAAGGGGAAGGCGUGGCUGUGUAAGCACAACAACAUCAGAGAGCCAACGUUUGCCAUCACCUUCAUAUCCGGAGCGGUGUCUGGCUCAAUCGCUUCCAUAGUAACUCUUCCCUUCGACGUCGUGAAGACCAGGAGGCAGGUGGAGAUAGGGGAACUCCAGGCUAUGAAUUUGUCGUCCAAGGCCUCCUCCUCCACUCUCAGUGUGAUGACCAAGAUUGUGGCUGAGAAUGGCAUCGGUGGACUGUUUGUAGGUUUCCUUCCCAGGGUGAUCAAGGUGGCCCCAGCCUGUGCCAUUAUGAUCAGCAGUUAUGAGUUUGGGAAAGCCUUCUUCCGCAAGCACAACCAGGAGAGGCUGCUGAGCAGCAACACCUGACCUGACUAGGGCCUCUCACACACACAAACCACAGAUAAUACCAAGAACACAAUCAGCCAUCGCCAACAGUAGGUAUUGGCUACCUCUACCUUUCCCUGGGUCCUUAGAGAUUUUCAGGCGUAACUUUGCAUGCCUGUGUCCUCCCAGCUGCUUAGACACCCCAACACCCCUCACUGUUAUAAAGUGUUCAAGUGUGAUAUGUUAUGUGACUAGCUGGAAGUAGCUAAUGUUGGCGUUUGACCUAAGAACGCCAGGAAAUACUGGCAGACAUGAAAACAAUAUUGAAGACAAAUAUUUGUAGAUCAUCAAUAUUAUUCAUAUUUUAUCUUAUUUCUCAAUCAAGGUAUACUGCACUUAAUCAACAUACUAAUUGUGACAAGAGAAAAUAGUAAACGUGCACAGAUUGUAUUUGAAAUAUAAGUUUUUUUUUUGCCAAAUCAUGAAGGUAUUAUCAUAACUACUUAAAAAUAAUUAGCAUCAUCUUUUUCCUGUGCACCCAUGGUGAAAUAUCAUGUUAUGAAGUGCAUUUAAUUCCACUGCCCUGUAGGUGGUAUCAGAGAGUUGUCUGUAACCAGAAACUGGGGGGGGGGGGUUGUGUGCACUGUGCCAUCCGGGGUCUGACAGUAAUAAUAAUAAUUUGAUGGAUGCUUAUAUUUGUCCUUUCACACAUGUACACUUGUGUAUUAUACCCAUGUCUGAAAUGGGGAAAUGUGUUUUUUGCAUAUCCCGACUCCUGAGACACCCUCGGAGAGUGGAGUCAGGGACAGUAGAGGCGGGAUAACUUCUGGUUAGUAGUCUCUGCCCCGCAGAACCCCCUCUCAAUUCAUGACCCUAAACUCUAUCACCUCAUUCUCAACCCUAUUGGAAGAGAAGGUCCAAGGUCCUUCAGGAUACAUGUUCUGUUCAGUGCCAGACUGCCAGUUUAAACCUGAAAUUCAACUCUUAACUUGCACCUCUUCCAGAAUCCCAUAUUCAAUCCCCAGACAUGGACUGUGACAACCUGUACAUGUUCUCAAAACAUGUAGCAAUGAUAUAUAUUUCUAUUGUUUAAUAUAUUCUACAAUGAUCACCUGCAGUGACACGUUUUCCAACUUUGUCCAGAAAUACAGAGAAUAAAAGUCACAUUUUGACAUUUGAA